CGUUUGGGCAGAAGAUCGAGAGCCAGCGUGACCGCCGAUGCAGCGCGGGAUCAUUGGCUGUCUUAUUCCUUCAUGAACUGGCACGAGCGAGCGGAGGAGAUGAUAAGGAUGAAAGACCAACGCAAUGAGCCGAGUGCAAAUCCAGUCUAUGGAGAACGAGGCUAUAAAGAGACCUGUUAGAGAAUAAGACGUCACGUCUCUGGUUUUGGCUCGAAACUCUUGCUGUCUGGUUGUACAUGGCUGUGUGUCUCUGCGUCUCGGUCACAUGGCUGUUCGGCUGCAAUCUCUCUUGUAAUGACAGCAGGAGACGGUUAAGGACUCGUGUUGCUGAUGCAGAGACACGGUGAGAUAGACGUCUCAUUGUGACUGAAUACAGUCUGGGAUUGUAACCGACCAGAUUUCAUUUUGGAUACUGGAUACGCACUUUUUUUUAUAAGACACUGACAGUGAUGUCUCUAUCUUGUAUUUUUUAAUUGAGACAUCUGAACUUGGUUAAUGAGGUAAAGUGGAUUUGCUUCUUUAUUUGUACAGAUGCUUUGGGUUACUGAUGCAGAAGAGCUCAUUUUAUAAUCUCCAGCUAACAGGAAGCCUUACCGCUAUUUUUACACUGCUGGAUGACCAGGAAUGAUGUGCUGUUCUCAUUAUUAUUCCUUCAUGUCCGUCCUGCUUCCUCAGUAGGGAAUAUACCCUUGAUCCUACCUCUGACGUACGCGACCUCGUGUUGCAUACAGAGUAAUGCAUGACCUGUGUACGAGACCAGACCCUCCUGAGCCUCCCCAGAAUGGUUCUCCUACAUCAGACACAGGUCUAGUGAUGAGUAAUGGUGAACCCGAGUCUCCAGCAGGGCCCGGGCAUCCGGACAGAGAAAAUCCACCUGAAAGAUUGCAGGCUGCGAAUGUGACAAACUUAGGAUCUUACACGACAAAUGGAAACGGCAGCAUGACGGUGCCAACCAUGCUGCUGGGGAAACGUCAUCAUUCUCUAUAUGAGGGUCUUAAUGGAUGUGAAUCAAGAGAUGCGGGAAAGAGCAGCAGGGAUUCUGGGUUCCUGGUGCGACAGAACUCCGAGCUGUUACGAGCUCUGGAGGAGAUGGAGAAGACCUGCUCAAACCUCAGAGAAGAAAACAAAGUCCUGAGGAAGAGUAGUUCUCCAGAGACUGAGGAGAAAGUGAAGCGGUUGAGGAAGAAGAACACAGAACUGGCCAUCAUUGCCAAGCGUCUGGAGGAGAGAGCGUACAAACUACAGGAGGCCAACCUGAAAGUGGUUAAUUCCCCCAUGCCCAUCAAAGCGGGUGCAGUAGAGCAGUACAAGCGUGCAUUUGCCCGUCAAAGAGCGAGAGACCUGGCAGAACACGCAGACGCACUGCUGUGUAAAGACAAACAGAUCGCAACACUGCAGCACGAAUGCAGACAACUGGAAGCACAACUGCAGCCGGGGAAGGGUCCAGUGGUAGUGAGUGAUUUUGAGCGUCUCCUGAAGGAAUCACAGAAGGAGGUGUUACGUCUACAGAGACAGCUGUCUGUCGCCUCUGUUACCAGAGAUCAGAGCAGUACGACAGGUGAAACGCCUCCAGAGACACAGGACAGACAGGUCGAGGUUGGAUUUGAAACCCCAGUCACAGUUGUAGAUGAGGCCCCUGUUAAGGGGGAGGAGACUCUUUGUGAGGGGGAGGAGUCAGAAGAACAAUUAAAACCUAAACAGACCACAAGCCCCAACCACCAGGAGGAGCAGACCACAGAAGACCAUCUUCAGUCGCUGGAACGUGAGCUCAGCGGGAAGAGGAAAGAAUGUGAAGUUCUCGAGCAUGAAGUAAAGAAGAGGAGAAAGCGAUGUCUCGAUUUGGAGAACCAGCUCCAGGCCGAGCGCAGCAGAAAUGAGCUGUUAGUGGAUGAGGCUGAAGUCCUCAGGAAGAAAACUUAUCUGCUUGAGCAGACUCGGGCUGAAAAUGAGGAGCUAAAGGAACGGCUCUGUGUGUUAAACGCUCAGCAUAGUUCUGUUCUGGAGGAGAACCAGCGACUGCGUGCAAAGCUGGAGAACCUAGAGCAGGUCCUGAAGCACAUGCGAGAGGUCGCCGAGCGCAGACAGCAGCUGGAACUGGAACACGAGCAGGCACUGGCUAUCCUCAAAUUCAAACAGGAUGAAAUUAAACGACUACAGCGGGCUCAGUUAUUUGCCAAGCGUGAACAUGAAGGUGUCGUGCAGAUGUUGGAGGAUCUGGUGCAGCUUGUAUUGCACAGAGAGCUGGCAAAAGUUCGGGAUCUGGAGGACAAAUGCCGACUUCAGACCCAACAGUUUGGACUUCUCUCACAGGAGCUGGAUAAAUUCCGGGUUCAGGCAUCAAAGAUCGACCUGUCAGGAUCCGGCCUGCUGUCUGACUCCAGGCUGACUCAGCUGACCAAUGGUCUGGACUUUCCUGACACAAAAGCCUCAUGGGAAGACAUCACAUUCUGGAGUUUUGAGGGUAAUGAAGCCCUCUGUGAUGCCACUGAGCCUGAUGUGGCUGCAGUGCUGUGUUCGGGUUCGACUCCACACGCAGCAGAGCUGUCACGCCCCGAGCGCUCGCCGACCAUCAAGCACAGAGAGCUUCCCACUGUCAGCGUCAAAUCUGGCUCCACGUCCAGCCCGACACCACCCAAAUCAGACACCCACCUCUCGCCCAAAUCUGCUGGCUCUCGCCCCGCCAGUCCCCGAAAGGCCAGCCCAACACAUGAGGUGGACACUGCCAGUGAGGUUGAAGAUUUGGAUAUUGAUGUUUCUCCAGCGCUGUAUUCAGUCAGUAAAGGAGCAGCUAAACUCCAGGUCUUCAUCGCACGUUACAGUUACAAUCCGUAUGAGGGUCCUAAUGAUAACCCUGAGGUCGAGCUGCCUCUCACAGCGGGUGAAUACAUCUAUGUGUAUGGAGACAUGGACGAUGACGGCUUUUAUGAGGGGGAACUAAUGGAUGGGAGGAGAGGUCUCCUUCCCUCCAACUUUGUGGAGCGGGUAUCAGACGACGACUUCAUGAGCAGCCACCCUCAUCAGACUGGCGAUAUAUCCCAUAAUUCCUUUCAGGAAAGCAGCUUUCACAGUGGCAGCGAGAGACUACACCAACAUCACUUACGCUUCGCUCACAGCGUUUCAGAGAGAACGGAGACCUCCACGGCGGCCUCGGCCGCUGGUGACAAUGCCAAAGCGAAGCCCUCUGCCUCGUCCCCAGCCGCCCCCCUCACCAACGGUUUGGAUUUAGAUUUAGAGGAAGUCGGGGUGGAUACCGUGCCUUACCCCCGCAGACUGACACUGAUCAAGCAGCUGGCCAAGAGCAUCAUUGUCGGUUGGGAGGUUCCGGUGAUACCGGCCGGCUGGGGUUCUGUCUACAGCUAUAACGUCUAUGUGGACCAGGAGUUGCGGAUCAACGUGCCGUUUGGUACCCAAAUGAAGGCCGUUCUGGAAAGGUUAGACUUGGCGCAGAAAUCGUAUCGGAUUUCGGUACAGAGCUUAACAGAGCGUGGAAACUCGGACCGGCUGCGCUGCAGUAUGCUCGUCGGACGGGACGUGUGCGUUGCUCCGACGCAUUUGCGCGUCGAGCGCGUUACCGCUACCUCGGCCAACCUGACCUGGCUGCCUAGCAACAGUAACUAUGUGCACAUUGUGUCUUUGAACGGUGAAGAGUGUGAGUUGGUCAAAGCGGGAUGUUAUUCAUUGUGCCUCAGUAAUCUCACGCCCAAUCUGCAUUACCGUGUUAAAGUGGAGGCCAGGCCUCAUCGCACAGCCUUGGAGCUGCCACCAGAAUGCAGAGAUCGCAAAACUGCAGAGACGUCCUUCACAACACUGACUGAAGGUCCUCCUGAUGCUCCUCUGGAUGUUCAACUGGAACACGGUCCAUCUCCAGGAAUUGCUCAGAUCAGCUGGCUGCCCGUUACCAUCGACGCUGCCGGGACAUCCAACGGUGUCAGAGUCACUGGCUACAGUAUCUAUGCAGACAAGAAGAAGGUAUUAGAGGUGUCAUCACCCACAGCAGGCAGUGCUCUGAUUGGUCCAUCACAGAUUCAGACGUUACAGGCAGCCCACGAGCUAACCGUACGAACCAUGUCGGCGUUCGGUGAGUCUAUGGAUUCGUUGCCGGUGAACGUUCCUGCCAAACUGCCUGCUAUUAUGUCUGGUAGCUCACUGCCUCAGUGCCAGUCUGUGCCAGCGGACUCCAGUCUCCUUAACACCAGUGCCAACUCAGAGCCUGCUGUCUGUGCCACGUCUUUCUCUGCUGCCAAAAUUCCUGCGAUGCCAGAAGAAUGCUCCACCGGUCCCGUCAGAGGAGUCUACAUCAACACAUCCACGGCGGCCGCUCGUGAGGUGACUCUGCCCACUGCAACAUGUGUAGAAGCCUGGGCAAACCCAGCGUCAGUUGCCAUGACAGCAGAGGAUCCUCCAUCACUAUCUGCCUCUCAUAAUAACUCAGUGGUGAAGGUGCCUGUGACCCUUACAACACCUCCGUCCCUGCCUGUGUCAAUGGCUUUACCACCACCAUGCACUCCUGUGGCUGUUCCACCACCUGUGCCCGUGCCCCUUGCUCCAGUGCAGGGCAGUAGUGCGCUAAACCCCAUUAGAGAGAAAGACACCCCAGGUGCCCAGCGUCCUGUCGCUUCCCUUUCUGACUUCUUGGAGGAACCUUGUGCCAAACUUCACACGCCAUUAUCCAGUUCCACCCACUCCAAUGUCGACAUCCCCAGUAAAGACCCUCUCAACGUCUUGGAUACACACCCACUGAGACCUCCCAAUCAAUCACCAUUCGAGUCAGAGACCGAGGAGGAGGGUGAGAACAGCAGACUGGUGUCCAUUGAGGAGUUCCUGCGGCCUGUACCACAACCUCGAAUAAAGGUGUAUGCUGGAGGUCUCAUGGAUCCUCCACCAGACUAUCAUGGAGAGAGCAGUCGAUCUGAUCUGUCUGACAUACUGGAGGAAGAGGAAGAAGAUUUGUAUUCUGAAUCCCUCACAGAUGUCCAAAACAGAGGUCCUACAGGCAGAUCUGAAGUCUUGGAAACAGACAGUGAUGAAGAAAUCUUGGAGAAGAUUAUAAAGCUCCCUCCCCAGGCUUUCCACAACAAGCAGCUCUUUAGCAUCCCAGAGGUCACAGAAGAGGAAGACAAUACAGAGUCAGAACCUCACAUUAGAUCGUCCACGGGCCGGAUUGUGUCGGGCCAGGGGCGUCGUUAUUCCCCCGAUCACACCAAUAAAGGACGCAAAUCUGAUUUGGCAGGAGGUAAGGGGUCGGUGCGCGUCAGACCCAAGGUUCACUACGCGGAUACGGUAGACACCAUCAACUAUUCGGACAGGGAAGAAGUGGAGCUGGACGCUGAUGGUAGUUCCUAUUCUGGAGCUCUGUGUGUGCCCCACACAUCGCACAAAGGACACGGCGACAGACCGAAGAGAGAAGCUUUGCUCCGUAGCCGGACGACCUCAGAGUUUGCCAGUGUUGGUUCGCGUUCAGAUACAGGACGGGGACAAUAUUUACUCAGCAAGACCGUACGACGCGUGAAGUCGCCCACCGGGCCCUCGACGGAGAUCGAUGUAGAGUACGGGACUGAUAAUGAUGAACCUCAAAUGUCUGAUUCUGGUGAAGUGGUGUUAGAGCAAAUGAGUUCAGAGUGGUGGGUGAAGGGCAGUAAUCGUGAAUAUCAGCAUCUGCUCCGGGCACAACUCGCACCAAGUGACCGCUCAUGGGAGACUGAAGGUAGAGAAGCAUCACUGGCAGGUGCAGUGUGGUGCAGCACAAAUGAUGUCACUACUAAAUCCACACGACCUGAAAUUAGACAAUCCAGAGAGUCUAGAGCAGCAAGAGAAGAUGAGGUGAGGAUUUUUGUUGCUUUAUUUCCAUACGACCCUGCCGUCAUGUCACCCAAUCCUGACGCCGCUGAAGAAGAACUUCCCUUUAAAGAAGGACAGAUUAUCAAGGUUUACGGGGACAAAGAUGCAGAUGGUUUCUUCCGAGGUGAGGCGGGCGGUCGCCACGGUUACGUGCCGUGCAAUAUGGUUUCAGAGAUCCAGGUUGAGGAUGAGGAGACCAGAGAUCAGCUUCUGCUACAGGGUUUCCUCUCUACAGAGACAUCUAUGGAGAAGAUAGAUGCCCACUUACAUGCUCAGACUCCACGCCGCCUCGCCCCACCGCCGAAACCUAGACGCUCCAAGAAAGUGGAGUCAGCAGCAGUUUGGGAGAACACAUCUGUGAUUGACUCGUCCAGUCAAGAUCUUAGUCACUCAGCCGGACCGAUGGGAAGCUCGCGUCCUCGUCGGAUGGUGGCCAUCUUUGAUUAUGAUCCGAGAGAGAGCUCACCUAAUGCUGACAUAGAGGCUGAGCUGACCUUCAGCGUGGGUGACAUCAUCUAUGUGUUCGGUGAUAUGGAUGAUGAUGGCUUUUAUUACGGCGAUCUCAACGGACAGAAAGGUUUGGUGCCGUCAAACUUUCUCCAGGUCUUUCCAGAGACGGAGAAUGAAGCCUUGAGGUCUGAACACACGUCAGCGGAGAGCCGCAGAGAUUCACAGGUCAGUCAGACUGAGUCAUCAGAAGCACCUGAUCCUGUGAGCCCCUGUCAGUCUGAUCCCGCUCCAUCAGAGCCGAAUCCUCAUCCGGACUCUGAGCCAAACCCAAACUCAUCUCCGCCCGUAACCCCCGCAUCCCCUGAGAACGCACAGCCUGAGAAGAAAAAGAAAAGUUUCUUCUCUAAGGGAAAGAAGCUCUUCAGAAAGCUCGGCUCCGGCAAGAAGGAAUAACGGCGAAGGACGGUGACGGGAAGGAUUUGCAGAUUGCACAUUUUCUAGGUUAAGUUAGUUUGUGUGCAUGCGUGUGUGUGUGUGUGUGUUUCCCGGGCCCUGUGUUGAGAGGUUUUCACUAAGGUCCUCUGCAUAGUGAUUGUGUCUACGGGAAAGUGGUUUCCUUCAAAAGGUUUUCUCCCAGGUCCUGUAAAAUUUAGAAUGUGAUUUGAUUGUGAUUCUUUGAUACUGAAUCUCAGACUGAUUCUUCUGGAAAUGAUUCCUCUGUGUAUGAACAGGGAUUUGAAUCGGUUAAAGCUGUGACUAAGAGUUUGUGUCUGCUGAAACUUCACAUUGACAAAGUCUGGAUUUGGAUUAUGGACUGUGCACAUUGUGGUCAUACGGUGAUGCUAACUUUAAUAAUGGCGUGUAAACGUCAUGGUCUUCAGUUAGUAUUCACAAUGAAAAGCAAAGCACACUUAUGAGGAGACUCGUUUAAUGUAUUGGCAAAAUUAAUGAUAUUGCAUGGAAAAUGCAUUGAAAGAAAGUAAUAGUUAAUAGUUUUUGCACUACUAAGUUGGUCCACAACUUGCCGGUUGAAUAUUAACAGGUUUAGCUGGUUAAAGCUACAGGAUGUGGUGUUGUGACUGCAAAAGCUAACCUGCAGUUUUUACCCAAACUUUAUUGAGGUCAAUACGAGCUGAGAGUAGAGAUCUUUCAUACUGAUUCAAUUUCUCGAUACCUGUUUAUUUUACUGGUGAAAAUCUGAAUGCAUUUGGCUUCUGUUAUGCUUAUGUGGCACUUAAAGUUUUAUUUGUGUUUUGUGCAAUUCCAGGCAUUUUAACUGUGAAAGCAAAUCAUUUAUGCUAACAUUACUUGAUAAACCCAGAUGAGUUUUCAAAGAUUGCACUCAAUGAAAUAUUGUAUUUAUGAGUGGAUAAAACUUUUCGGUAACACGUUACAAUAAGAUUGUAUUUGUCAACAUUAGUAAAUCCAUUAGCUACCAUAAACUACAAUGAGCAAAGUUCACAGAUGUUCAUGUUAGUUCAUUGUGCAUGCAACAGGGACAACUUUUGAUUUAAAAAAUAUAUGAGUAAAUACUAAAAUUAACAUGAGGUAAGAUUAAUAAAGCUGUAGUUUAUGUUAGCUAAUGCAUUAACUCACAUUAACCAAUGCAACCUUAUUGAAAAGUGUUACCAACUCUUUGGCAGUGUUUGAUUCAGAUUUAUUUCUCCCGUCUUCAUGAUGAUUCAAAGUGGAAGUCAUCUAAAGCUGUAAAUGAAUGAAUGUCAUGUCAGUUGUACGCAGAAACCUAAUCUUUCUCUGUAAAAGUGUGUGCGCGUGUCAGAUGAAGGUUCAGAUGUGACUUAAGUCUUUAUGGUUUAUUUUAUCUCCAGCUUUGCCUUUUCUCAAACACACUGACGUGAAUCUCAGUGAUUUACAUUAUAAAUCAGUCACGUGCAUCUUAAAGCUACAUGCACAUUUGUAUGAGAGCGACAUUUGCUUCUUUUGUUUCUGCAUGAACUCUCAACUUGUAUUCGUUCACUUUUGUACUCGUUUCUCCGUUUUAGGAGCUCUGUAAAGAUGUAGCAUGUAAAAAUAUCUCAUCUGAAUCACAUUGCAAUAUGAUUUGCAGUAAACGUUUGUUAAAAUGCUGUUAAUGUUUGUUUGCAGCACACAGUAUGAUUAUGUGUUAUUCAUCUGUAUAUUUGUUUGGUUUUUCACAGGGCUCACGUUAAAUCAUAUCUCAGGUUUUAACUGGAUGUGAAUCAGUUUUGCGUCUUAAGCAGAUCCUCGCUGAUGUCCAAACCGCAAGCUCGAGCGUUUGCCAAACCUUUAGGUCUAGAGACCAAUCACUAAAUGCCAGCCGCAUAGUGGGCGGGGCUUGAGAUCAAACAUCACAGGACGGAAGUAGAUUAAGCUUGCAGCUAUGCUCAAUAAUCGUACUUAGUAGGCACAAUGAGUUCAUGUUGCUUAUUUAAUAUCCAAAUAAAAUGUUAGUGAACAGCAUCUGUGUGUAGUCAUACAGUUAACUUAGCUAAAAUAUAAUCUGAACGCAACAGCAAUGUUAAGUACGCACAGGCCGAUUUAUAUAAAUAUAUAUUGUCAUUGCUACUAAUAAUAGAAACUCAGCAAGUAGAUGCAUACUGUAAAUGCCAGGCCAUAAUAAAAACUGAGCCUUAAUGUACAGUAACUAAGACUGUACUUCAAUAAACUGCAUGCAUGAUGUUACUCCAUCUAUAUUCUGCCUUAUUUAUUCUAUUUAUUAUGUGUAGUUGUAAUGGUCGCAUGUACAUGUAUUGUUUUUAUUGCAAGAAAUACACAAAGGCCACGUCUGCAGUGUCAGUACUGCAGGUUUGUGUGUGGGAUUGCCAGUGAUUUGUAUUUUUGUGAUUUUAAGGAUAUUUUCAUAUAUGGUGAGAAAGAGACUCUCUUCUAGUGUCGGUCCGUGAUCGUAGGCCGACCGAACUCUUUUGUACAUUUCAAGUUUUUUGUAAAAAGUAACUCACCUGUGAUUAAUGCUUCUUUCGGUGAAGUAUUUAUUUAUUUCUUUGUUUGCAUGGUAAAUGAUUGUGGAUUCGCAACAUGAGCGAUUCACUUUCUUGGGACGUUUCACUUAAAGCGAAUGAGAAGACUUGUUGCAAUAUGGACUUUUUACAGAAAUAAAGUAUAUUUUCACAGAAAA